GUAAGUCCAAUAUAAUUCAUACCCCACUGUCUCUUCCUUUAACCCUUUCAGAUUCCAAGUGCAUGAAUGAAUUGAGUUUUCGCCAUUGAAAUGGCCUUCCCUCCUCAUCCUUUCAUGUUUCAGACCCUCCAUCAAGAUCAAAACCGCGACCAUCUUCCUUCCCCUUAUUCCCUCGAUUCCUUCCUUUCUUCCCCUCCUCAACUCUUCCAUGGUGUUGGAAAGCUCGAGAAAGUGUUGCAUAUUGGCCAUGGAAAUGGAGAUGAUGAAUUGUCUAACGAUGGGUCGCAUCACGGGGAGAAGAAGAAGAAGAGGCUCAACACGGAACAAGUGAGGGCUUUAGAAAAGAGUUUUGAGCUGGGAAACAAGCUUGAUCCUGACAGAAAAUUGCAGUUGGCUAAGGAAAUAGGGUUAAAACCAAGACAGAUAGCGAUCUGGUUUCAAAAUAGGAGAGCCAGAUGUAAGAACAAGCAACUGGAGAAAGAUUUUGAUGCGUUGAAGAAGCAGUUUGAAGCAAUCAAAGCUGACAACCAUGCCCUUAAAGCUCAGAACAUCAAACUUACCACUGAGUUAUUGUCUUUGAAGAACAGAGAUUCAUAUGAAAGCCGAAUCAAGAACGAAAACGAGGGUUCAUGUAGCAAUGGAAGCGGAGACAGCCGUGAUGUGAACUUAGAUAUCUCAAGAACAACAUUGAGGGCUUCGUCCAUUAGGCCUGCCACAACCAUGGCUCAACCAUUAGACCUGAAACUUGACCGAGUGGCUCAGGAAGAUCCGAGUCUGACCUGCCAUAUGUUGAAUGGAGUAUAUGAACAGCAAGUUUUCUGGCCUUGGGCUGACCAAUCAAUCAAAUUUCCAUUGAACUAAAAACCAAUUCUCCGACUGGUACCAGCGCUCCAUGCCCUUGGGGGUUGGCUUACCUAAGUUUUAGAAGAAAAUUAUAAGUUUUUAUUUCCAUUAAUUUCUACAUUAUUGUUUUGGCUAUUUAUUGAACUCGUAUAUGAAUUUAAUAGGUUUCAUUAUAUUCUUGAAUAUUUAGA